AUGGACGAGAAAACGCCUCUCAUAACAGCCGGUAAGUCUGGACGCAGGCCUUACUCAGCUGCGAAUCUUAAAGAGGCGCCAAUACGUCAGCCUCCUUCUAGGCCCGUCGUCGAACAAGCUCGUACCACUACCGGAGACAACCACGCCACAAUCAAUUGUCAGGUUUGCAACCAUGUGGUUUCAAUCGAGAAUCGGGAAAAACAAAUGGUUGUACGCUGUCCGGCAUGUGCAGAGGCCACGCCCAUAAAAGGUCCACCAGCUGGAAAACAGUAUGUUCGUUGUCCAUGCAACUGCUUGCUGAUAUGCAGCACAGCAACCACGAGAGUUGGCUGCCCCAGGCCCGAAUGUCAGAAAGUCAUUGUCCUGUACGAGAAUGAUGCUGGUGCACCCCCUCGGAACGAUGGUGUGUCAGGGAACCGUGGUAUGCUUGGUCCCUAUAAUCCGGGUGGCACCUUCGGUGUUCCUCAAAGCCUGCGUGUUGCAUGCGGGAACUGCAACUCUCCGUUCUCCGUUGCGGGUGAUCCAUCCAACUCAGAAGCCCGACAAAAUGCACUCAUAUCUUGCCUUUCUGGUGGUACUUCAGCCGGUGCUGCUGGCCUGAUCGCCGCCCGGUGCCCUCAUUGUCGCAAAGUCACUUCCGUUGGACCAGCCUACGCUCGUGUCCGACUGGUCGUCUAUGGUUUGCUCACGUUAGUAGCUUUGAUCUUAGCAAUUGGAGUCACAGCGGGAACCGCAAAGGUCGCCCAAGAGAAUAAGGCGCUCUACUUUUUGUGGUCAGUACUUUACUUAGUGGUUGUUGUACUGGGAUUGCGGGCCGUGGUUUUCUGGCUCAUGCCGGUCAGUUCCGUCGAAGUUCCUGUCCUGCAUAUUUGACAUAUUUGGCCUCUGGUGAUUUCCUAUUUCCAUUCAUCCCGCUGGUUACGUGUCUGACUCCUCGUGAAACCGCAUCAUGUAUAGUACUCAUUUAUGAUUUCGACAUCGCCAAAUCACUUCCAACUAAUCGGUUUUCACGAACUGCCAUCGUUUCUAUCCAGUAACGAUAUUGACGUUGAGCUGGUCACCCAUAGAUCACCGGGGAUCACCGUUUCAUCACCUGAUUACUUUCUUGGUUAAUUUUCCGGGUUCUCCCUCCGGAGUUUCUCUUGUUCGUGCGACCGGAGUGGCUUAGCUGUCAAUGCAGUUCGUCAUUUCGAUUAUAACCUUGAUCGUGCUUACAUCGUCUCUUGCGGACCCUUUCUGUUUCUUGCCUGGGCUCUCUCAAUCGUUCCCCAAACUCCUGAACAUUCGUUUUGCGAGUGAACAGAGGCUCAGACUUUAGAAUCGUCCCCCUCCACUCACUCUCCAUCGAUUGCCAUAGGACUGCCUCGGACAUCUGGGUGCAUCCAAGUUUCUCACGUUUCACUUGCAUGUUAACUCAUUCAAAUACACGUCG